AUUUGAGAUUCGCCUCAUCUCUAUCUGAAGAACCGAGAGUGUAUUCUAGUAACUCAGCCAUAACUAAGUUGCCUGUGUGAAAGUUAAGUGCUCGAAACCUCGGCCUCCUGCAACUUUAACAUGGCUUUGAAAUUGUCACAAUGGAGUGUUCGAAUGCUUCAAUUCAAUCGAUGGUCCACCUCGCGUCUCAUGUCCACCUUGCCAGAAUUGGAGUACAUUAAAGUGGAAAAAUGCGGCACUGACGGCCGUGUUGGGCUCGUGACCCUCCACCGACCCAAGGCUCUCAACGCAUUAUGCUCACCACUCAUGGAUGACCUCAUGACCGCGCUCAAACUAUUUGAUGCCGAUCAGAAAGUGGGAGCCAUUGUACUGACCGGAAGUGGCAAAGCCUUUGCGGCGGGAGCGGAUAUUAAGGAGAUGCAGCCCCGUGAUUUUCCGGAAAACUUCCGUGAGAACUUCCUCAGUCAGUGGACAGAUAUGGUCAAAAUCUCCAAACCUAUCCUGGCUGCCGUCAACGGAUUCGCUCUGGGGGGUGGUUGCGAGGUGGCCAUGAUGUGCGAUAUGAUCUAUGCCAGCGAGAAGGCUAAGUUCGGUCAGCCCGAGAUUACAUUAGGUACUAUUCCGGGUGCGGGAGGUACUCAACGAUUACCCCGAGCCAUUGGAAAAUCCCGAGCCAUGGAGAUGAAUCUGACCGGCGAUAUGAUCGACGCUCAUACAGCAGAAAAAUGGGGUCUGGUCGCGCGGGUGUUUCCAGCAGAUAACUUUUUAGAUGAGACCAUCAAAAUUGCCGACAAAAUUGCGAGUAAAUCGAAAUUGACCGUAGCCAUUUGCAAACAGGCCACCAAUGCGGCUUAUGAGAGCGCCUUGAGUGAAGGCUUAGCCACGGAAAAGCGAUUGUUCCACGCCACGUUUGCCACUCAGGAUCGCAAAGAGGGCAUGACCGCAUUUGUGGAAAAACGUGAGCCCGUUUGGCAGGAUAACUAAUAAUUUUUAUGGCAGAAUUACAACAUAACUAGCAUUGUAAAUAUAUAUAUAUGGUUGUUUUGUUUCAAA